AUGAUUAAAGAAGAAGCCAACGAAGUAUUAGGUGGUGUGGGUGAUAAUGAGACACAUGGGUUGUUAAAGCUGGUUUGCAAAGUGCAUACAAGAGAAGCCAUUGGCAAAUUUUCUUUUGAGGUUUGCUUGGAAUGCUGGAAAAUGAAGGAAAAUAUUGAGGUUGUCUGGCUUUUUGAAGGGGUUUCUCUUACAAAAGAAAUGGAUAAGGACACGUCAGCUGAUGGAUAUUCAGUAUUGGGUUUGGUUGGGUCCCCGCUUUUUUAUAAUGAAAUGGGCUUGUGGGCCCAUUGUGUAGCUGCCCAUAUCUUACUUCCUUGGGCUUAG